ACGAUUUUAAACUUCCAUGGGGUCUGUUACCCAGUUUGCGUUUGGUGCAGCAGUCGGUGUUGCUCUUUUCAUUGGCGCUAACACAGCUCGACGCUACUUUCUUCCGACAACUACAAACGAGACAGAACGAAGGAGUUCUCCAGACGAUACUUCACCAAGACCCUCAGAGCAAGUGCACUCGAUACAUAGCGCCGUCACACCGGUGCGCCAUAGAUCCGAAAGUUCUGACACCGAAGGAAAUCCUGUUGUUGUCGGUGAGGACGUCGAUGCGAAAGAGGGUCAACAUCUUCUCAACCUUCUCUUCAACAUUGCCGAAGAUCAAGCGAGAAAAGAAGGUUAUAUUCACCGCGGGAUAACUUGUAACUCUUGCCAAGCGAGUCCGAUUUGUGGAAUUCGUUAUAAAUGCUCUAGUUGUGUAGACUAUGAUGUUUGCGAGCGCUGCGAAGCGAGAGAUGAUCACAACAAAACUCAUCUCUUCAUCAAGAUUAAAAUUCCGAUGCCUCCGCUAACAAAUCCCAGAGCACCUUGUAUUAAACCACUUUAUCCAGGCAUCAAGGAUCACCCUUGUAACAUGUCAUGGGAUGAAAUUCAGAGUCUCAGAGAGCAAAGCCACUUUGACCAAGCGGAGAUAGAAGCACUUAUUGAACAAUUCAAAACUCUUGCUACGAAGAAGGCGGGAAUUACACAGGACGUGUUUGACAAAUGUUUGGGGCCCCUGGGACAGCACAAGAACUUGGUCAUGGACAAGAUGUUUAAAUUUUAUGAUCAAAAUGGUGAUGGUAUAAUUGACAUUGAUGAGUUUGUUAUAGGUCUAUCCAUUCUUGUCAAAGGUAGUGAGAAAGAGAAGAUCCCCUAUGCUUUUGCUGGCUGUGAUAUAGAGAAAAAAGGCUACAUUUCUAAAGACAAUCUAAGAAGCAUGUUUAAAGCGUACUUUGAAGUCAGCCUGGAGCUAGUUCGUGAUGUUGUGAGAUCAUGUGAAGAGGAAAUGAUGGCUUCCUUUGAUGACUCAGCUGACAAGCCAGUAUCAGCAGUAUUUAACGCGCCAAUUCCAAAUGAUACAGGUCCUUCCACGUCGAGUGGCAAACCAGCAAUGCUGCUGAAUAACCCCGGCAGCAGCACUAGUGCUAAAGGAGUUGAUGGCAGAUGGCCAAUCAUGGAAGCUAUGUCACAGGACGCGAUUGAUGAGAUGGUGAACAACGUGUUCCAGUGCGCUGAUACUGACAAGGACGGCAAGAUUUCUUUUGAAGAAUUUGAAGCUUGGGCAGCAAAUGACAACACAAUUCUAGCCUGGUUUGAGGCCCUUGGUACAAUCUUUUGACUCAAAGUUUAAAGUUUUAUAUAAAUGCUGUAUUUAUUAUACAUGUAUAUUUUAUUUAUGUCAACAUUUUCCUCCAGUUAGCUCUGUUUCUUUACAGUGUUUAUUGAAGUGUACACAGAACAGUGAGUUUCAAAAUCUGAGACUCACCAGGACACCUAGAACCUUUCAUGAGGUUGGAACUGUCUUUGACCCUAAAACUGAGUAAUUUUCCUUGCAAAUUACUGCUAUGUCAUAUCUGGUAUUAGCAGAAAAAAGUUAGGACUAAUGUAAUUUAAAGGAGAAGGUCACUCCGAAAAGCUUACUUUUUUUGUCUUCCCCUAUAACAAGUAAAUGUUCAGCUUUUCCACUCACCCAAGUUUCAGUCUUUGGAGUGCCCGCUAUCCUGAAGAAAUUUGUCUUGAAAGAAGCGACUUGAAUGACGGAAUGACCUCACAAAAACGCGGCCUAGCUGCUGAGUACUACAAAAUGGCAGCAACGAUGUUCAAAUUUUGGGCUUCUUUGGAGACGAAUUUCAUAAGGAAAACCUGCACUUUAGAGACUGAAACUUGGGUGAGUGGCUAAACUUAGUGCAAGGUUUUUAUUAGUGUUGACAAAAAACAUACCUUUUUUGCGAGUGACCUUCUCUUUUAAGUGUUUUUAAAGAAUGAGUGUGAGUUACUCGUAAAUAAAAUUUUUAUCCCAUGACUUGGAAGCAGAAAUUUGUGGGAAAGGGAGAGAGGAAGGAUAAAAUUUCAAGAUAUGGAGAAUGAAAAAAUCUUUUUAGCUUCUUUCAAGAUUUUUUGAUAGUUUUACUAAUAAAAGUUACAUGUAAACAGAGUUUCAGGUACAAAAGACUCUGAGUAGAGUAGAGUAUCGGCAUGCUUGUAAUCUGAAUCGAAAGUGGAAUGAUCUAUUAUUAUCUAAUGAUGCCCUUUACAGUUGCUUAAUUUGAAUGAAUUCAAAUGAACUCCACUUGUAAGAUUUACCUGGAAACAAAUAAUUGAUCAGAUGAUUACUGGAAAUACUGGUCACAUUGCACAACAAUUGUGCAAUGUGCCCAGUUGUAUAUUUCUCAAGACCAUUUUGAAAAAAUAAACUUGGUAAAAUGUUCAGAAUUUUUGGGAAGAUCUUUAUCUCUUGAUGAAAUUAUGAGACUUGUCACAGCAAGGUCCUUACAUUUACACAUGUUGGGGUGGUGAAUGGCACCUAGGAAAUAAUUAUUGUGGGUCUUGUGAGCUUUGAUCUGAUCUUAAAAUCUUGGAAUCUUUAGAGUCAAGUUAUUGAGUUUUGGACAUGUAUUUGUCACUCCCUCUUUCUCAGUUUCUUGCAGGGUCACAGUGGGGUCUUGGCAUCUCUGUUGAGUCUCCGAUUUUUAAUACCAUUCAGAACCCCUAGCCAUGAACUGGUCUCUCUGUGGCCUUCAUUUAUGGAAAUCCAUCUGGGGCAGAUCUAUGGGUGUUCAGAGGUUCAGUUCAACCCCCUAUAAAAUGAGACAUAAAAGCACACUGACUUGGCCUCAGAAUGUUUGAAAUCCCAUUUAUGAGGACCUCAAUUUUAAACAUUUUCUGUGGGAGGAUGCUCACAGAACCCCACCACAGGGAACUGCCUUUGGCAGUCCAUGUCUUGAGUCCCCUUAUCUAAAAUACUCUAUCUGCCCCGAAUCCAUUUACAUGUAACACUGUUGAUAUAGACUGCUGUUAAUUGUUAUAGAACUGCUACAUAAGUGAUACUUUUACCCAGAUUUUUACUCGGAUGUAAUGAAGAGAACAAUAUAAUUAAUCUAGACAAAAAUUGUAUCAUAUUCACUCCCUGUUGCUCUCCAACGUAAUUUUGUACUGUGCAUUUAGUCAGGUCAGAGCAUCAAUGCAGUUAUACUUUCAGCUUCAUGAGAAUUCUGUGUUGAAAGAACCUGGAGUUGUUUCUCGGUAAAACCUCGUUCAACUCCUUGGAUCAUGCUUUUAAAUAGCCAACUGGUCUGCCUCCCACUAGGUGGGAUUUUUAAGCGUAUUAUGUUUGUUUGCAAUAUUUCUUUCAGUUUAAGUGGCAUGCCUGAAAACUAGCUAGU